UAUCAUCAAAGUUUCUCCGCCAGUCUGCACUCUGAGCUCCGGCUGGAGGAGACAAAUCACUGCCCCCAGAGGCAAGAAGACACCGGGGAGAGGCUGGAGUUAAACCCGCCCUCCGGAGGGACCACAUUCCCCCCUCCAAAGAAAAAAAACCCUCCCAUUCUCUCUCUCUCUCUUUUUACCUUUAUCUCUCGCCUCGCGCCGUCUUCCCCCCGCCACAAUCAUGGAUCUGGCGGCGAGAUGUUCGCUCCUUCUGUCCUGUCUCGGCGUGAUAUUGGCGAUCGAUUUGGAGGCGAUCGAUCCGGGCUACUUCGUGGAGCCCACUGCCACAUCAGAGCCGAUCGACUACAAGGAUCCAUGCAAAGCUGUUGCCUUUCUUGGAGACAUCGCUCUGGAUGAGGAGGACCUACAAAUGUUUAAAGUGGACAGAAUAAUAGAUUUGGCUCAAAGAACUGUCCAGACAACAAAUCAUACAGAAACAGCGUCAUCAACCAAUGAAACUAGCCAAAUUAGACAACGUGCACAUCGAAGCAAAAGGGCGGCCACUUCCAGACCUGAGCGGGUUUGGCCUGAGGGUGUGAUUCCGUAUGUCAUCGGUGCAAAUUUUAGUGGCAGCCAGCGGGCAAUAUUCCGCCAGGCCAUGCGCCACUGGGAGAAGCACACCUGUGUGACCUUCAUUGAGAGGACGCAGGAGGAGAGCUAUAUUGUGUUCACCUACAGACCCUGUGGGUGCUGUUCCUACGUGGGGCGCCGAGGAGGGGGGCCCCAGGCCAUAUCCAUUGGGAAAAACUGUGACAAGUUUGGCAUUGUGGUGCACGAGCUGGGUCAUGUGAUCGGCUUCUGGCACGAACACACGCGGCCGGAUCGAGACGAUCACGUCAGCAUUAUCAGGGAUAACAUUCAGCCAGGACAGGAGUAUAACUUUUUGAAGAUGGAGCCAGGGGAGGUGGACUCUUUGGGAGAAAUCUAUGACUUUGACAGCAUCAUGCACUAUGCCAGGAAUACAUUCUCUAGAGGCAUCUUCCUGGACACCAUCCUGCCACGCUACGACGUGAACGGAGUGCGGCCGCCCAUCGGCCAGAGAACCAGACUAAGCAAAGGGGAUAUCGCACAGGCACGCAAACUCUACAAAUGUUCCAGAUGUGGGGACAGUCUGCAAGACAGCAGUGGAAACUUCUCCUCUCCUGGCUUCCCCAAUGGAUAUUCAGCCUACAUGCACUGCAUCUGGAGAAUAUCGGUCACGCCAGGGGAGAAGAUCAUUCUGAACUUCACCUCAAUGGAUCUGUACAGGAGUCAUUUGUGCUGGUACGACCACGUGGAGAUCCGAGAUGGAUACUGGAGGAAGGCGCCUCUCAAAGGUCGUUUCUGUGGUGACAAGCUACCUGAGCCAAUUGUGUCCACUGACAGCCGUCUGUGGAUUGAGUUCCGCAGCAGCAGUAACUGGGUGGGAAAAGGUUUCUCAGCCGUUUACGAGGCCAUCUGUGGCGGCGAAGUGAAGAAGGACAGCGGGCAGAUUCAGUCCCCCAACUACCCGGAUGACUACAGGCCCAACAAAGUGUGCGUGUGGAAGAUUUCUGUGGCGCAGGGCUACCACGUGGGCCUUACCUUCCAGUCAUUUGAGAUUGAGCGGCAUGACAGCUGUGCGUAUGACUACCUGGAGGUGCGUGACGGGAACUCGGAGAACAGCCCUCUGCUGGGCCGCUUCUGUGGCUACGACAAACCAGAUGACAUCAAAACCAGCUCCAACCAGCUGUGGAUGAAAUUUGUGUCCGACGGCUCCGUCAACAAGGCCGGCUUUGCUGCCAACUUCUUCAAAGAGAUGGAUGAGUGCUCCAAGCCGGACAACGGUCGCUGUGAGCAACGCUGUGUCAACACACUGGGCAGCUACAAGUGUGCCUGUGACCCAGGCUAUGAACUGGCUGCCGACAAGCGCAGCUGUGAGGCUGCCUGUGGAGGCUUCAUCACUAAGCUAAACGGGUCCAUCACCAGUCCAGGUUGGCCGCGGGAGUACCCCCCAAACAAGAACUGCAUCUGGCAGCUGGUGGCUCCUACACAAUACCGCAUCACUCUGCUCUUUGACGUCUUCGAGACUGAGGGCAAUGACGUUUGUAAGUAUGAUUAUGUGGAAGUGCGCAGUGGCCUGUCUGCCGAUUCCAGACUACACGGGAAGUUCUGUGGAGCGGAAAAGCCAGAAGCGAUUACUUCUCAGUACAACAACAUGCGCAUUGAGUUCAAGUCUGACAACACAGUGUCCAAAAAGGGCUUUAAAGCCCAGUUCUUUUCAGAUAAAGAUGAGUGCUCGAAGGAGAAUGGUGGCUGUCAGCACGAGUGUGUCAACUUUGGGAGCUACAGCUGUCAGUGCAGGAGCGGCUUUGUGCUGCACGAGAACAAACACGACUGCAAAGAAGCUGGAUGUGAUCACACAGUGAACAGUGUGAGUGGUGUCAUCACCAGCCCCAACUGGCCAGAUAAAUACCCCAGCAAGAAAGCGUGCACGUGGGCACUCACCACCACGCCAGGCCACCGCAUCAAAAUCACCUUCAAUGAGAUCGACAUGGAGGCCCACUUGGAGUGUGCUUACGACCACAUCGAGAUCUAUGAUGGGCGAGAUGGAAAAGCGCCAAGUCUGGGUCGCUUCUGUGGUACCAAGGAGCCUCCACCAGUAAUAUCUAGUAGCAACAAGCUGUUUAUUCGCUUUUUUUCUGAUAAUUCUGUGCAGAAGAAAGGCUUUGAGGUGUCCCACACAGCAGAGUGUGGAGGUCAUCUAAAGGCUGAAGUCAAGACCAAGGACCUGUACUCGCACGCCCAGUUUGGGGACAAUAUCUACCCCGGAGCCUCCGACUGUCAGUGGGUGAUCUCAGCGGAGAAGGGUUACGGUGUGGAGCUCAUCUUCCAAACUUUUGAAAUUGAAGAAGAGGCAGACUGCGGCUACGACUACAUGGAGCUGUUUGACGGUGCCGACACCAAGUCUCCACGGCUGGGACGUUACUGUGGCUCAGGGCCUCCAGAGGAGAUCUACUCAGCUGGCGACUCAAUUGUCAUCAAGUUCCGCUCUGACGACACAAUCAACAAAAAGGGAUUUCACGUCCGCUACACCAGCACCAAGUUCCAGACACGCUGCACUCUCGCAAGUGACCAGCAGGGCCGGAAGGGGCCGCGCGGGGGCUCAGGGGCAAACGGAGGGGCCCCCAGGGAGGCACCAGCCUGACGCUCGGAAACCUUCGGCCACCAAGAUGAAUCAGACACGACAGAUUAGCCGCAAGACCACCAACCGCACCUCAGCUCCUAGGGGCUCCAGCUCCCCCCGCAGACUGUGAGGAGUAAAGCCAUUCUGCAGUACACCUUGUUUUUACCUUUUUAUGGUUACGAUUGGGGUGGGAGGGCGAAUUUCCGUUUUAAACGGAUGUAGGGGGGGGGGGAUUUUAUUGACCCAGUCCUCCCGGUAUAGUGUUUUUCCUUUCUCCUUUUUUAUAUGCCUCGUAACAAGAGGCACAGCGACAGACAGUGGAUUCUCAGGACCUGUAGGAAGGCGGGCAUCAGCUGGACAGAUCCCUGCUUUUGUCAGGCCGGCCCACCGCAUCCAGGAGAAGGAGGAGAGGAAGAGGAGGAGUGCGGGAAAAGGUCUCCUGCACUCCUUGAUACAUCGCUCUGCUCAACUCACUCUCAUUCCAUUCUGCUCGAGGAUUUCUAUCCAUAAGAGGACUCAACGGGACUUGACUUGAGAUUUUGAUACUGUAUGUCAGUCAAAUUGCAUGUAAUUACAAGGGGAGAAGGCAAAAUGUACAGAGACAACACCAGCAUUUGUAAUUGGCAUUGUCAUGGCAACCGGUGGCAAGAUUCUCGUUGUGACCAUUAACAAGGAAAUUAAGGAAGCAGUUAUCUUAUUAAAGGACUAAUACAUGAAAAGCGGUCUAUGUCUUCUGGUUGGUAAUUGCUUGCCUGACGACUGGCUUUUACUGUACCUCUGUGUGUAAAAUAAUGUGUAUGAUUGUUCAAAGGGAACAUGUGCUUUUCUCAGCUCCAACCAGUUAGCACUUUAUGGUGAAUUGUUCCAGAAUCAUGAGCUUAUGACAACUUCUUUUGUGAAAUGCGAUGCCAAUUCACGUCUUUCUUUUUAAAUGCAUUUUAUCUCUUAUGCAUCGUUGUUUGUUUUUAAUUGCUCCAUUUUGUUCCUCAGGCAUACUUGAACGUUGUGUGUGCCCUGUAACUUGGGGUAAUAAAGACGUAUGUGUCAGUGUUGAUUACAGAUCUGAUGUAAAAUAAUUUCUCUGCAGAGAAAAUGCCUUUUCUUGGUACAAUGAAGAAUUUCUCAAGAACCAAAUGAGCCUGGGUAUUUAUUGUUAUAGUGUAGUUACAUAUAUGAUGUGAAGGUGGAACAGUACUGUUAGCCCUAUAAUUGCCUUCUUAUAAUUGUAUCGCCAUUGUUGAAUA